AUGCCAAAGUUAGUUUUAGUUAGACACGGUCAAUCCGAAUGGAAUGAAAAGAACUUGUUUACCGGUUGGGUUGAUGUUAGAUUAUCCGAAACUGGUGAAAAAGAAGCCAAGAGAGCCGGUGAAUUGAUCAAAGAAGCUGGUAUCAACGUUGACGUUUUACACACUUCUAAAUUGUCAAGAGCUAUUCAAACCGCUAACAUUGCUUUGAGUUCUGCUGAUCAAUUGUACGUCCCAGUCAAGAGAUCCUGGAGAUUGAACGAAAGACACUACGGUGCUUUGCAAGGUAAAGACAAGGCUCAAACUUUGGAAACCUACGGUAAAGAAAAAUUCCAAAUCUGGAGAAGAUCUUUUGAUGUUCCACCUCCAGAUAUUGAUCCAAAAGAUGAAUACUCUCAAGUUGGUGACAGAAGAUACAACAACAUUGACCCAGCUGUUGUUCCAUUGGCUGAAUCUUUGGCUUUGGUCAUUGACAGAUUAUUGCCAUACUGGCAAGACGAAGUCGCUGGUGACUUGUUGGCCGGUAAAACCGUUAUGAUUGCUGCUCACGGUAACUCCUUGAGAGCUUUGGUUAAACACUUGGACAACAUCUCCGAUGAAGAUAUUGCUGGUUUGAACAUCCCAACUGGUAUCCCAUUGGUUUACGAAUUGGACGAAAACUUGAAACCAACCAAGGAAGCUUACUACUUGGACCCAGAAGCUGCUGCUGCCGGUGCCGCUGCUGUUGCCGCUCAAGGUCAAAAGAAAUAA